UAACGCGGCCCAUUUAUGGGCUUUCUCUUCCCUCUCUGUCUCAACCGCAACCGCAACCGCAACCAGAUAGGUAGGCAGGCAGACAUGCGUGUCGCCGCGGCGGCGGCGGCGGCGGCCAUCCGCCCCACUGCCGCGCUCCUCCUCCUCUUCCCGCCUCACCGCCGCACCACCUCUCUGCGCCGCUCCUCGCUCCCCUUCGCUCGCCCGCGGCGCCACUCUACCACCACCACCACCGCGGAGUCACACCCGAAGCCCAACGAAAGCAACGCCGCCCGCCGCCGCCGCGCCCGCGACUCGCCCGAGGGCCUCCUCAAGGCCAAGCUCGACAUGUGCUCCCGCGACAACGACCUCCCCACCGCACUCGCCCUCUACGAAGCCGCCAUCUCCCCCGAUUCCCUCAUCCCGCUCUCCCUCGGUCACUACAACUGCCUCCUCUACCUCUGCGCCAACGCCGCCGCCGCAGACUCCUCGUCCCGAUGCCGCCAGCGUGGCUUCGACAUCUUCUCCAGGAUGGAGGCUGACGGCGUCCAACCCAACGAGGCCACCCUCAACAUUCUCGCCCGCCUCGCCGCCGCCCGCCGCGACCCCCAUGGCUUCUCCAUCGUCCGCCGCAUGGCCACCGCCGGCACCGCGCCGCACCUCCGCUCCUACGGCCCCGCCCUCUUCGCCUACUGCGACGCUGGAGACGCCGACGGCGCCACCGAGGUGGAGGCUCACAUGGACGCCUCCGGGGUGGUGCCCGAGGAGGCCGAGCUCGCCGCGCUGCUCCGCGUCAACUCUGCCCGUGGGAGACCCGACCAGGUGUACAGGCUCCUGCACAGGGCGCGCGUCCUUCUUCGCCAGGUGGCCGACGCAACCGCCCAGCUACUCGAGUCCUGGUUCGCCUCCCACGCCGCCUCAGAGGCCGGUCUGGACCACUGGGACGCCACCAAGGUGAAGCAAGGCCUGCGCAAUGGCGGCGGCGGCUGGCAUGGCCAGGGCUGGCUCGGCAAGGGCCAAUGGACCGUUGCCCGAACCGACAUGGACAAGGAUGGCACCUGCCACCGCUGCGGGGAGAAGCUUGUCUGCAUUGACAUCGAUCCAUCAGAGACACACAGCUUUGCUGAGUCUGUCGCUCAGAUAGCCAUCAAUCGUGACGCCAAUUUCGUCAAGUUUCAGAAAUGGCUCGAGUGCCACGGACCAUUCGAUGCCGUUAUUGACGCUGCUAAUGUUGGCCUUUACAAUCGUAACAGUUUCAGUUUUUAUGAGGUGAACCGGGUUGUAAAUGGCAUACAGAGAAUAACUAAAUCAAAGAAAUUGCCACUGAUAAUUUUGCAUAAGAACCGAGUAAAUGGUGGACCUGCAAAACUUCCGCAGAAUCAAAAGCUUCUUGAGAGUUGGCAGAGGGCUGGAGCACUAUAUGCUACACCUCCUGGUUCUAAUGAUGAUUGGUAUUGGCUGUACGCUGCUGUUAUAUACCGGUCAUUGCUUGUUACAAAUGAUGAGAUGCGGGACCACUUGUUUCAACUACUUGGCACUAGUUUUUUUCCAAGAUGGAAGGAGAACCAUCAGGUCAGGUUAACAUUCUCGGGCCGUGGUUGGAAUUUUCACCUGCCGCCUCCUUAUUCAAUUGUCAUUCAGGAAUCUGAAGAUGGAAGCUGGCAUGUACCAACAACAAAUGGUGAUGAUAUUGAGAAACCACGGCAGUGGAUUUGUGCUACUAGGAAAAUUUCAGGGAAAUCGUCUCAAGCACUUGCAAGGGCAGUUGGGUAAGUGCGAUGGGUUGCAUCUCCAUUGACGGGAUUGGUGCAUGGGAAUGGCAGCCAAAUUUCGGGCCAGGUAUCUGCGCUGCUCCUUUGUUGAAUUGGAGGCGGCUUGAAGAGAAUCACACCAUUAUGUAAGGCGGCCGGCAGAUGUUGAUGGAAUUGAGGGCUAGCUGCUGAGCUGACCCAAACGAUGGCUGUCAAGUUGUAGGAAGCAAAGUAAAAGAUUUCUGUAGCACAUGAAAAAGUUUGCCACUCUCUUAAAAUGUGGAUGUCAUGGUUGUUUUAGCUGGCCAUUGGUUGUACAUGUACAUGUAUUUUCCUCAAGGUUAAAAUCUGAAACAGCGAGGACUAGUCAAACAAGAGGUCGUGUAACUGAAAUUAUUAUUACUAGUAGGAGUAAAGUUGAAAUUGAUGGAGA